AUGAGAUUCACGCAUAAAACGGUUACACAGACUAGCCGGAGAACAUGGUGGAUAAUGAGAUCCACACAUGGAGGCGGUACCGGAGACAUGAAGAAGAGUCACGUUAACGUCAAUGAGACGUUGAUGAUGCUUACCUCGGAGAAAAAUAGAGCACCAGAGGAUGCUUACCUCGGAGAAAAAUGGAGCACAAGUCGGUUGAAGAGUUACCGAAAAAGACGUGGAGAUGUCAAGGACGUUGAUGGUGAUCAAAGGAAAUCACCAAGCAAGAAAAGAGGAUGCUUACCUCAGAGAAAAAUGGAGCACAAAGAGGAUGCGUACCUCGGAGAAAAAUGGAGCACAAGUCGGUUGAAGAGUUAA